AUGCAAAUCCCUAUCAUCCUCCUCUUCCUGAGCACAAUCCUGUGUCUCGCCUUCGCCCACCCCAUUAUCGACCCCAACAAGGACAACAACAACAACAACCUCGCACACAACCCCCAGACAAUUUCCCCCUCUACCGUUCCCCAUCCCGCCCCCUCCACCACCUCCACCCCCGCUAUUCCCCCCGCCUCCGCCGCCGCCGCUAUUCCCACCUCCGCUUCCGCCCCCACCCCUCUUCCCGCCUCCACCUCCGCCUCCUCCUUUUUUCCCGCCUCCGCCUCCUCCGCUUUUCCCGCCUCCUCCACCCCCUCCGCCGCCGCCUCCUCCUCCUUUGUUCCCGCCGCCGCCUCCGCCUCCUCCUCCUCCUCUGUUCCCGCCUCCACCUCCGCCCCCUCCUCCUCCUCCGCCGCCGCCGCCGCCGCCGCCGCUCCCUCCAUUGCCUCCACUGCCUCCGCUGCCUCCUCCACCUCCACCUCCACCUCCACCACCACCACCCCCUCCUCCGCCACCGCCUCCUCCUCCGUUCUUCCCCCCAAAGCCUCAAUCUAG